ACGCUGUUUUUAAAGGGAAACCAAGGUUGUUGAGGUCCGUGGAGGCACAGCAGGUUGAAGGUUGCUGCUGGUUGCAGGGCCCCGUGGAGCAGAAGAGCUGUGCCAUUCCCCCUUUUUUCCUCUCAUGUCCCCCCCUGUGUGUUUCCCUGUGUGUUAGUGACCCCGCAUCCCCACCCACCCCCCACCCGAUCCUCCGUCGUGUCGCCACUCCCGCCCGAAGCCCCCCUCUCACCCCAUGCUUGGGACACAGCCAGCUCACUGCCAGCCCAAUGACUGCCUGGAUCGUCCUGCCUGUCAGCCUGUCUGCCUUCUCCAUCACAGGAAUAUGGAUCGUAUACGCCAUGGCUGUGAUGAAUCACCAUGUUUGUCCUGUGGAGAACUGGUCUUAUAAUGUAACAUGCACAGAGGAGCUGCCCCGUCCAGGCUUCCCAAAGACAUGCUGCACCAUCCAGGACAUUCCCCUCAUCAGCAAAUGUGGCUCCUACCCUCCUGAAAGCUGUCUGUUCAGCCUGAUCGGCAACGUUGGAGCCUUCAUGGUGGUGAUGGUGUGCCUUCUGCGCUACGCCCAGGUGAUCGAGCACAGCCACAGGUGUUGGGUGAACACCAGCGCUCUGGUGUCCGGCUGCACCAACGCCGUGGGUCUGGUCAUGGUGGGAAACUUCCAGGUCGAUCACGCCAAAUCUCUGCACUACGUGGGCGCCGGCGUGGCGUUUCCGGCGGGGCUGCUGUUUGUGUGCCUGCAGUGCGUCCUCACCUACCGGGUGGCCGUCACCGCCCUCGACUACUGGAUGGCCCAUUUCAGAGUGGCUCUGGCACUGGGAGCCAUGGUGUCCCUCGUCCUCAGUGGCAUCUUCUUCAUCCACGAGAGCUUCAUCCUGCAGCACGCCGCGGCCAUCUGCGAGUGGGUCUUCACGGUGGACAUCCUGGUCUUCUACGGCACCUUCACUUACGAGUUCGGCACCGUCACCAGCGAGACCAUGAUGGCGGGCCUGCAGCAGAGUCACCACCACGGCUCGGGGGUCAUCAUGGGCCCCAGGGCCCGGGGCUCCGCGCUGGGGGGGGCGACCAAGGGCCUCAAGUCGCCCGGAGGCAGCAGCACGUCCACACAUCUCAACUGUACCCCGGAGAGCAUAGCCAUGUUGUAGCUCUGCAUCGCGGCCGGAGGUGUGAAAUGUCACCGCAGAGGUGCAUCAUGGGUGCCGCAGGAAGGCAGGAAGUUCUGAUACCUGUAACCACUGAUCGACACCAGGUGACCAUCUGUAGCGCUCUUCUGUCUUUUCUUUCCUCUCCCACGUCGCUGCGAGCCGCUCCAGUCCGAGGUCACGUUUCCUGUUGCGAUGUUGGAGGCUGAAUGUGUGGAACCAUGAAUGUUUCCGGGAUGGCUGUCGGUUUGGCCGAUUCUUCACUUGACUGAUGUUUCCUUUCCUUCCUUCCUUCCUUCCUUUCUUUCUGUGCAUUACUGGUUUUCCCUCCUCAGACCCUCCUUCAUCGAGUACCCAGUGCUUCGCUGGCCCACCUGUUUCAGCCUUUUGCUUCUCUCUGCACGGCACACUUUCUGAAUGAGAGCGUAACAGUCAAAGUUUGAGUUUGCGUAGUGAGUAGAAAACACUGAAUGUCUGAGAAGUGAGUAGUGAAGUUAUGUUUGUUUUCAGGCUGAGAGCUUAUGGCCUUUUUAUUCAAUGAGCAGAAACGACCUGUCGGAAAAUGUUCUCCACACUUUGAUCCUCAAACACGAUUUUAGAGCGAAUUUUGAUGGUAUUUCUUUUUUGUUAUUUUACAAAGUACGUACACGUGCAUCUCGAGCCACCGUCACUGUUGAGCUCACGAUCUGUUUCACUGACGUGCGAGUGCAGGAUGGCUGCACAGGAAGCUGCCGGCCUGUCGUGAUGACAAGCGCACGUCCUUCAUGUUUGGCUGGUUGUCGUUCUGUUUCGUCCCGCGAGCUACAUGAUCGGAUCAUUUCUCUCUCACGUUUCUGUUCCAGGCUGUCGUUUAUUUUGCCGUUCUGUCGCUGCAAUAGUCGCCAUCGGUCAUCUGAUGAUUUGUGCUCCGCUGGAGUGAAUGAUGCCUUCUUCAGUGUGUUGAACACAGGGCUUGUUUUGUUCUGAGAUGUUUGAGGUGUUUGAAGGUAAAACUGGAGCCUGACUCACAUUUACAGAGCAGCAGGUCACUGAUCUGAUUCCAGGCCGGACCCUCGGAAGCCUUAUUUGACUUUGUGUUCAGUCUGAAGUGAGUGAAGCCCCUCAGUCGUCACACAGGACGUUUGGUUCACGGGCGUUUGCUUGUAGACUUUGUGCCAUAAACCUUGUGGCGCCUCAAUGGUGUCCAGACGGCAGCACGCGGGCUGCACACGGAAGUCAGAGUCCGUCACAUGUUGAGGUUGUUGUAUGAUUUCCUGUUGCCAAUUUCUGUCAAAGUGUUAAUAAGCUCGACAGCAGACUGAAGCUGAUGCACCAGAUUUAGGUUUGACUCAGAUCUCACACACACACACACACACUCAGUGUUCUGCCCUCUGCACAGUGUUGAUAGAUUUUUACCUGUAACCACUGGAUGCCAGCAAUACGUGUUUUUAAAAAGGUCACAUCACCUACCUCUUUUAUCUUCUGUGGGUUUGAUGUUCUGAGGCGAAGCGAGAGCGCCGGCUGUUUGAGAUUGAAGAGUAUCUCAUGCGACGGCGUCUCUGCAGUCCACGCAGAGAUCUGUCCUGACAGAUGACGAUGUGCAUGUGACAGGAAGUGGAUCUGCUGUACGUGACGUGUGCGAUCGUACGUCAGGUCAGAUUUUCUUUUUGUGCAAAUUAUUGAAGUUGAGCCCUUUCUUUGUGGGACCGCAGCGAUCCUGAUCCCGAUGUUGCCAAAAAAGGAGCGAGUCCACUGAGGUGUGGUUGUUUCCUGUGUGUUGGCAGCAGGCGUACGAGCACUGUUUUAGCCUUAUCCCUCGUACCGUGCCAGGGGAACAUGUUCAGAUUCUUUUUGACCUUGUGUUCAGCUGUAGCUUACUUCACCAUACUGUAACUCGGUCACACGGCGUGACUACAAACGGCAGCUUGUACGAGCCCUCACACAUCGGGGUUGGAUUUACUCUGUAACAGCAUCUGCACCAUAAUGCCAUCGUCCACAGGCCAAACGUUAAAGGCGGAUUUUCCAACCCAUUUUCUGUUCAUUCUGUCAAAUGUUCUCUUCAGUAAGCUGUCAUAUGGUGUCUUUGUGGGUGGGGGAACAGCUGCCUGACCGGGACGAGUCCUGAACUCGAGCAACAACAACACAAACAUCUAUGAAAAUGUUUCUGUCUUAUUUCCUGGAUUCGAAGAGAAUGGAGUCUGAAAAAUCCCCGAAAACGAGCAACACAGCUGAUUUUGUUUCCUUUUAUAAAUUCUGUAAAUAUGUAUGAUUUGUCUAUCAUUUAGGUAUUUUCAUUUGACAGAGAUUUAUAUUCAAAUAUGAAAUAAAAAUGAUAAAUUAUUAGCA